AAAUUCUUGACCAAAUUAGUUUUGCUUCGUCAGUUUGGACUACAUUACUCAAGGUGAAUAUGAGGAACUUCUUGAUACUACUGUCCUGUUAUAGUUGCUAUAUUGAAGUGGAAACGUUAAAAAAUGGGGAACCAGAAUUCGAUGACAAAAAAUUCAAUCAGUCAAUGGUUGAAAAUUCCGUUCAUUUCUUUCUUUAUCACAGUUCGAAUUUUGGCAUAGCGGAUGAAUUGGUGGUAGGAGACAAUGAUCUCCUGAAUAAAUCGAGAUACGAUGCUGAUAGGCCGGCUGCAAUUAUCAUUCAUGGUUGGACCCAUGGAAAGGAUACACCCUGGAUGAUAGAGAUGAGAGAAGCAAUGGCAAAUAAAUCAGUAUGGAACGUCAUUAUUGUCGACUGGGCUCCUCUUGCUCGUACUCUCUACACAGAAGCCAGAGUGCAUAGCCCAACUGUUGCAAGAAUAGUUGGCAAUUUCUGUUUGUACUUGAAUAAAAUGAAAGGACUUAGGAUGUCCGACAUACACUUCAUUGGACAUAGCAUGGGUGCCCAAAUAUCAGCCAUGACCUCCGCAUACAUAGGACAACAUACGAGGGAGCAAGUAGGGAGGAUAACAGGCCUUGAUCCUGCUGCACCAUUGUACGAAUGGCCUCAUAUGGAAUCGUCAGAUGAAGUGAUUGACCCAAAUGAUGCUGUUUUCGUCGAUGUCAUCCAUACAAAUGGCAACUAUUUGGGUAUGAUCUCACCGUGUGGACAUGUGGAUUACUAUCCUAAUGGAGGAAUGCAUCAGCCUGGAUGUACAUUCUGGUUGUGCAGUCAUAUGAGAGCAGUAGAAUUUUGGACAGCUUCAAUAAAAAACCCAUAUGUUUUCAAGGCAUUUCCAUUCAGUAUUUGGAAUAAAUAUGUUACUGGAGAAAUUGAAGAAGUCAAUAGUUAUCCAAUGGGUAUAGCUGCAGGUCCACGUAUACCUCAAGGGGUUUACUUCUUGGAGACUGUUGAUGAAGUACCUUAUAUUCACACUAAGACUACGAUGGCUGAUAGUUUAUGACAAUUAUUUAAUUUUUAAGUUUUGUAUAUUUAUAAUUUAUAUUUCUUACUUACUAAUUAUAAUUCUUAUACGAACAUGUUUGUUUAAUUUUGACUUUCAGGCGGAUAGGUACAUAGUGUCAAUAGCCCCUGGAAAAUUAAUUUUCUUCAUAAGGAAAUACCAACUAUGUAAUACACUCCAUCAA